AUAUUUAUUAUUUUGUCAGAUGUAGAUACAAUUAUUAUUACUACUAUUCAUUCAUCCAACUAUAUGCAUUGCCAACCACCCAAAAAUAGUACUGUUAUCAUUAUCAAUUCAUUCAUAUCCAAGUCUUCUUGAGUCUUUGCUCCUUACUAGCUAUCACUUCUAUCCUUCAAUCUUCAUAUCUCUUCAAAAUUUCAUUUACAACUUUUUAUCCUUUGCUUCUUUACUUUACCAUUCAGAGAUGGCUGCAGCUUUGAUUGGAGGUGCAUUUCUGUCUGCUUCAGUUCAAACCCUAAUGGACAAACUAACUUCAACUGAGUUUCGUGAUUAUAUCACAAAAACCAAGUUGAAUGAAUCAUUGAUGGAAGAAAUGGAAACAACACUACUUGCUCUUGAGGUUGUGCUUGAUGAUGCAGAAGAGAAGCAGAUCCUUCAACCCAAAAUCAAACAAUGGCUUGAUCGGUUGAAAGAUGCAAUCUUUGAUGCUGAGGAUUUGCUUAAUGAAAUCAGCUAUGAUGCCUUGCGAUGCAAGGUAGAGAAGAAACAAGAUGGAAACAUUACAGAUCAGUUUUGGAACUUGCUUUCAACUAAAAACUCAAAUGGAGAGAGCAAUUCUGAAAUGGAGAAGAUUUGUAAAAGGCUGCAAACUUUUGUCCAGCAGAGUAACAUCUUGGGCUUGCAAAGAACUGUAAGAGGUAGAGUUUCUCGUAGAACACCAUCAAGUUCAGUGGUGAAUGAAUCUGUUAUGGUGGGAAGGAAUGAAGAUAAAGAUAGACUCCUUGAUGUGUUGGUAUCAGACUGUGGUACCAGCAGAUAUAAUAAUUUAGGUGUUGUUGCAAUUUUGGUUAUGGGAGGCGUCGGUAAAACGACCCUUGCACAACUUGUUUACAACGAUGAAAAAGUUGAACAGCAUUUUGAUCUCAAAGCAUGGGUUUGUGUAUCGGAGGAUUUCGAUGUCGUGAGGAUAACCAAGUCCCUCCUUGAAUCUGUUGUUAGAAACACAACGUCUGUCAAUUCAAAAGUCUGGGAAAGCAAUAAUCUUGAUAUCCUUCAAGUUGAAUUAAUGAAGCAUUUGAAGGAUAGAAGAAUUUUGUUUGUGUUGGACGACAUAUGGAACGACAAUUAUCUUGAUUGGGAUCGGUUAAUAACUCCCUUGAUUAAUGGAGAAACUGUAAGCAAGGUGAUCAUAACAACACGCGAAGAGAAAGUUGCAGAGGUCGCAUGCGCAUUUCCUAUUCAUAAAUUAGAACCUCUAUCUGAUGAAGAUUGUUGGUCUUUACUCUCGAAGCAUGCAUUUGGCGGUGAAGAAUUUCUUCGGGGUAAAUACCCAAACCUAGAAGAGAUUGGCAGGAAGAUUGCUAGAAAGUGUGGUGGAUUGCCAAUUGCUGCAAAAGCACUUGGAGGACUAAUGCAUUCAAAGGUAGUUGAAAAGGAGUGGACUACAAUUCUGCAUAGCGACAUAUGGAACUUAAAAAAUGAUACAAUCCUGCCAGCUUUGCAUUUGAGUUAUCAAUAUCUUCCCUCUCAUUUAAAAAGAUGUUUCGCCUAUUGCUCAAUUUUUCCAAAGGAUUACCCACUUGAUAGGAAGAAAUUGGUUUUGUUGUGGAUGGCAGAAGGCUUCCUGGAUUAUUGUCAUGGCCAAAAAGUGGUGGAGGAAUUCGGCGAUGAUUGUUUUGCUGAAUUGUUAUCUAGAUCGUUAAUUCAACAAUCAAAUGAUGAUGCUCAUGGAGAAAAGUUUGUCAUGCAUGACCUUGUCAAUGAUUUAGCUACAUUCAUAUCAGGAAAAAGUUGUUGCAGACUUGAAUGUGGUAACAUCUCUAAAAAUAUUCGUCAUUUGUCAUAUAAUCAAGAAGUGCGUGACAUUUUCAUGAAGUUUAAGAAUUUCUACAAUUUCAAAUGCUUGCGAAGCUUCCUACCCAUUGAUUUCUCGGAUUUUAAUAUUCACUUAUCCACCAAGGUGGUUGUUGAUUUGCUACCAACACUCAAAAGGUUGCAUGUGUUAUCGCUAUCAAAGUAUACAAACAUCUUCGAGCUACCAGAUUCAAUUGGCAAUUUGGUGCAAUUGCGAUAUCUAGAUCUCUCCUCCACUAAUAUCGGUAGCUUGCCUGAUACAAUAUGCAACCUUUACAAUUUGCAAACCUUGCUUUUAUCAAGAUGUCAGUGUCUCACUGAAUUGCCAGUACAUAUGGGAAAUUUAAUCAACUUACGUCACCUUGAUAUAAGUUCUACGGAUAUAAAGGAGUUGCCAAUGGAAAUUUGUGGGCUAGAAAGUCUCCAAACUUUGACAGAUUUUAUAGUGGGGAAGCCACAAGUAGGACCAAGUAUCAAAGAACUUAGGAAAUUCCCCCACCUACAAGGAAGCUUAACCAUCAAGAACCUGCAUAAUGUCAUUGAUGCCACAGAGGCAGAAGAUGCCAACCUUAAAAGCAAAGAGCAAAUUGAGAUAUUAAAUCUGAAAUGGGGAAAAUUAAGUGAAGACUCGCUAAAAGUGAAAGUUGUGCUUGAUAUGUUGCAUCCACCAAUAAACUCGAAGGGACUGAGCAUUGACUUGUAUGGUGGGACAAGUUUUCCGAAUUGGUUGGGUGAUUCUUCAUUUUCUAAAAUGGUGUCCCUUUACAUCAAUGAUUGUGAAUAUUGCAUGACACUUCCACCGCUAGGGCAACUACCAUCUCUCAAGAAACUGAGUAUAAGGAAUAUGUUGAUGUUGGAGACAAUUGGCCAAGAGUUCUAUUGUGUCAAGGAAGGAAAAGCUUCUAAUUCUUCCUUCCAACCAUUUUCAUCCCUUGAAUGUAUAACAUUUGUCAACAUGCAAAAUUGGAAGGAAUGGCUUCCUUUUGAAGGCAAAUUUUUUUCUUUUCCUCGUCUUAGAACUCUUGAGUUACAUAGUUGUCAUGAGCUAAGGGGACAUUUGCCUAGCCACCUUCCUUGCAUAGAAAAAAUUAAUAUAACAGGUUGUGCCCAUCUUUUGGAAACACCAUCUGCUUUGCAUUGGUUGUCGUCAAUAAAAAAAAUUGAUAUCAAUGAUGGAAUGACCGAACUGUCUUUACUUGGGAGUGACUCUCCGUGUAUGAGGCAGCAUAUAGCGAUUGAAAAGUGUGUCACGUUGUCAUCUGUGCCAAAAUUGAUUCAGUGCAGCAAUUUUCUUCAAGACUUGAGACUCUAUAAGAUUCCGUCUCUCACUGCAUUUCCUACGGAGGGUCUACCUACUUCAUUGCAAUCACUUUGUGUUCAUAGUUGUGAGAAUUUAUCAUUCCUUCCUCCUGAAACGUGGAGCAAUUACAAGUCUCUUGUGUCGCUUGAGUUAUUUAGUAGCUGUGAUGCACUUACAUCCUUUCCACUUGAUGGUUUCCCUGCGCUCCAAAGACUAAAACUAUAUGAUUGUAGGUGUCUGGAUUCCAUUUUUAUUUUAGAAAGUCCUUCAUGUUGGUCGUCAAGCCUCCGAUCUCUUGAAAUCAAAUCCCAUGACUCAAUUGGAUCACUUCAAGUCAAACUUCGGAUGGACAUGCUCACUGCUCUUGAAGUUUUGUCUCUGAAUUGUCCAGAGUUGUCAUUUUGUGAAGAUGUUUCUCUACCUCCCAAAUUAGAAUCAAUUGAGAUUUUGUCGGAAAGAUCAACGCCGCCUGUUACGGAAUGGGGUCUCAAAGAUCUGACCGCUCUUUCACGGUUGACUAUUGGAGUGGGUGAUGAUAUACUUAACACCUUGAUGAAGCAGUCGUUGCUACCCAUCUCCCUUGUGUCUCUGACUAUCGAUUGUCGCUACAAAAUGAAGCCCUAUGAUGGAAGUGGGCUUCGAUACCUCUCCUCUCUCAAAGAUCUUUCAUUUUGGUGUAGUGAACACUUUGAGUCAUUACCAGAAAACUUCCUCCCAUCCUCGCUGAUAUCACUUAAAUUUUUUUUUUUGUAACAAGCUCGAGUCAUUGCCUGAAAACUGCCUCCCUUCCUCGUUGGAAAAUCUUGUACUUGGUUAUUGUGAAAAGCUUGGGUCAUUACCAGUAGAAAACCUCCCUGACUCUCUUAAGAUACUUUACAUAAGGGAAUGCCCUGUAUUAGAAAGCUAUAUAUGGAAGCAUCGGUCCAAAAUUGCUCACAUCCCUGUCAAAGAAAUAAAUGGUGACGUUUUUCUUUAAGCAUUCUUGAUUCAGGAGAUCAAGGCCUAAAUGGAUCAAAAUCAGCUCAUUUGAUGAAUUGAAGACAAAAGUGGAGCAUGUUAUUUUUAUCAUGAUUCUUCUUGUAAAAAUGUUUAUAUAAUUUGUUAAAUAUUCUUAUUCCUAUAUACAUUUGUUGAAUAGAGUUUUACAUACAGUAUCUCCUUUCUUCAAAA